AUGCGUGAGAUUGUCCACGUCCAGGUCGGCCAAUGUGGCAACCAAGUCGGUUCCAGCUUCUGGAACACCGUCUCCAAGGAGCAUGGCAUUGAUGGUAGCGGCGCCUACCACGGCACCACAGACCAGCAGCGAGAGCGCAUCAACGUCUACUUCGCUGAGGGUGGCAACGACAAGUACGUCCCCCGUGCUGUUCUUGUGGAUCUUGAGUCCGGUCCCCAGGAUGCUAUCCGCGCCGGCCCCAUGGGCCAACUGUUCCGCCCCGACAACUUUGUCGCCGGUGAGGCCAGUGCCGGAAACAACUGGGCCAAGGGUCAUUACACUGAGGGUGCCGAGCUCGUUGAGGAGGCUAUCGACGUUGUCCGUCGUGAGGUCGAGAACUGUGACCAUCUUCAGGGCUUCCAGCUCACUCACUCCCUGGGCGGUGGUACCGGUUCCGGUAUGGGUACGCUUCUUCUGUCCAAGAUUCGCGAGGAAUUCCCCGAUCGCAUGAUGGCCACCUUUUCCGUUAUGCCCUCGCCCAAGGUUUCCGAUACCGUUGUCGAACCUUACAACGCCACUUUGUCUCUGAACCAACUCGUUGAGAACUCCGACGAAACCUUCUGUAUCGACAACGAGGCUCUGUACGAUAUCUACGAGAGGACCCUUAAGAUCGCCGACCCCUCUUACGCCGAUCUCAACUAUCUGAUUUCUACCGUCAUGGCCGGUGUGACAACAUGUUUCCGAUUCCCCGGUCAGCUCAACUCCGAUCUGCGCAAGUUGGCUGUUAACAUGAUUCCUUUCCCCCGACUUCACUUCUUCAUGGUUGGAUUUGCUCCUCUCACUGGUCGCAACAUGAAGACCUUCCAACAUCUUACUGUGCCCAGCCUGGCUCAGCAGAUCUUCGACAACAAGAACAUCAUGGCCGCCGCCGAUUUCCGAAACGGCCGAUACCUUGCUUGUUCCGCUAUCUUCCGCGGAAAGCUCUCCACCAAGGAGAUCGAGGACCAGAUGCUCAAGGUGCAAACCAAGAACUCCGAGUACUUUGUCGACUGGAUCCCCAACAACGUUCAAACUUCCGUCUGUUCCGUGCCUCCCCGAGGCCUCGACAUGUCCGCCACCUUCGUCGGUAACUCUACCGCCGUUCAGGAGAUCUUCAAGCGUGUCGACGACCAGUUCUCAGCCAUGUUCCGACGCAAGGCUUUCUUGCAUUGGUACACAAGCGAGGGUAUGGACGAGAUGGAAUUCACCGAGGCCCAGUCCAACUUGCACGACUUGGUUUCCGAGUACCAGCAAUACCAAGACGCCGACAUCGACGAUGAGGCUGAGGAAUACGAGGAGGGCGAGCCUGAGGAGUACGAGGGUUGA